GGAUUGACACACAAUGAGGAGCAGAGGCAGGGGAGACGCUCCGCAAACACCGCUGUAAAUAUAUACAACAAUCACAGAGGCCACAGAAGCAUGGAGAACCAGUGCACAGUGCAGGUGAAACUAGAGUUGGGCCACCGGGCUCAGCUGAAGAAGAAAAUAACAUCAGAAGGCUUCACACAUGACUGGAUGGUGUUUGUCCGAGGGCCUGAGACCGGUGACAUCCAGCACUUUGUAGAUAAAGUUGUCUUCCGCCUGCAUGAGAGCUUCCCCAAACCCAAGAGAGUAUGCAAGGAGCCUCCAUACAAAGUAGAGGAAUCGGGCUACGCAGGCUUCCUCAUGCCUAUUGAAGUAUACUUCAAGAACAGGGAGGAGCCAAAAAAAGUUUGUUUCAACUAUGACCUGUUCCUUAAUUUGGAGGGCAACCCACCUGUUAACCACCUGCGCUGUGAGAAGCUCACCUUCAACAACCCCACCAUAGAUUUCAGGAGAAAGCUCAUCAAAGCUGGAGGGAUACUGGUUGUCCCUGAGGGGGCUGAAGCUGUGUCGAGGCCCAGUCCGGACUACCCAAUGCUCCCCACCAUCCCCCUCUCAGCCUUCUCAGACCCCAAGAAGACCAAGACCUCUCAUGUAUCAAAGGAGCCCAGCAAAGAAGGAAGUGGCAGCAGCAGCAAAGUGCCCAAACCGCACAAACUUACCAAGGAGCACCGCGAACGACCACGAAAAGACUCUGAGAGCAAAGCCUCGUCAAAAGGAGACGACAGAGAUGGAAGCGGCAAAAGUGGUCGUGACCCUUCCUCUUCCUCGUCCUCAUCUUCGAAAAAGCCGUCAGAGAUCAAAGUGAAAGAUGAAGUUAAAGUCCUACCAAAGGCAGCGUUUAAGGAGCCUAAACUCACCCUGAAGGAGUCCAAGAUGGAGGGCAUGUCCCCUAAAGGUGGGGGGGCCGGAAGUGGAGGGGGAGGAGGAGGCGGAGGGGUGCCGGUGGAGUCCAAAGCGCCGGGGAAACGACCGUCUACUGUGGACUCUCCUAAACCCAGCGCUAAGAAGCAGAAGAAGGGCAGCUCUGAGGGGCUGAAAGCGCCGAGCAGAGGGACUUUCACAGGAACUUCUACACGCGUCUCCUCGUCUUCGGUGGCCAGCCAGCCCUACAGCGAGAAAAAACCUUCCAAGGAUAAAGGUCGCUGGGCCAAAGGCAAAAAUGAUACACAGGAGCUGAAGGAACCUAAGAAACCUCUGGAGUCAGAGGAGUCGAACUCAGAAGAUGAAGCAUCGUCAAAGUCAGAGCAAUCGGCUCCCUCCAGUCCUUCCAACUCCAGUUCCAGUUCGGACUCUACUUCCGACUCUGACUUUGAGCCAGGACAGAAACAAGGACAGGGGCCCCUACGAUCGAUGGUGGAAGAGAUCCAGUCAGAAGAGUCAGACGAUGAUGACAGCACCUCUGAAGAAGAAACACCCAUCAAAACCAACCCGCCCAACCGUGAUUCUCGACUCAGCCUGGACAGCGAGAGUGACAGCAGUGAUGGCUCACACCGCCCCAGUCGAGACCCCGCCCCUCCCCCACAAAAACACAGCUCCUCCAAUAACAAAGUUGUCCGAAAGAGUCCAGAUUCCUCUUUUCGCUCCGAGAAGAUGAUGAAGAAGGGAUACGACAAGGUAGGAAGGGCCUACACGGAGGAGCUGGUGGACCUCCACCGCAGACUAAUGGCUUUAAGGGAGCGCAAUGUACUACAGCAGAUUGUCAACCUGAUUGAGGAGACGGGCCACUUCAACGUAACAAACACCACCUUUGACUUUGACCUCUUUUCACUGGACGAGUCCACUGUCCGCAAACUACAGAGCUACCUGGAGGCGACGGCCACGUGACAGGAAGUGGAGGUCGACGCGUGGAUGUCAGCGGCGGAGGUAGCCUCGUCGUUGCUGCUGCUCUCCGAGGGAGGGGCGAGCAGCCUCUGCUGCCUCGGCUCUUUCACGAGCCUGACUGAAUCGUCGGAACAACUACCACGCAAACAGAAACGCGAUCGCAAGCACACGACACCGCCUUCACGUGACACUGGGGAGGAAACCGGAGGAGGAGGUGUGUGAGGAAACACUGGAGUAUCUGAACUCCGUCUAGUCAGGAUUUUUCACUACACGUCUCUCGUUAUGAGUCUUUUCUGAGCUGUGGAAUUCGCCCCCACUCCCUCCACCCCACCUCCUUUGCCUUCCUGCACUUACAUUGCUCCAGCCUUUGCAAACCUAAUACUUCCCCUCCUCCUCCUCCAAUGCACACUCCUAACUUGGCAGAACAACACUCCCCCCCCCCCCCCC